UUAACGGUAAGGUUUUACUUUUACGGAGAAAGGCGUAAACAUUAAAAAUCAUCCAAUGGUAGACGUUUUUUAAGAGCGCUCUUUAUGAACAAUUGAAUUAAAUGAAGCUAAUUAAGGCCCCAGGCCGACCUAAGCCCACCCCAACCUUACCAAACCUAACCUAACCGAACCUAACCUAACCUGACCGACCAACCAACAGCCCCUUGAUCAAACUUACCUAACCAAAAAAUCAUAUGUUUUAAUGUUUAUGCCUUUCUCCGUAAAAGUAAAACCUUACCCAAUUAACCAAGUAACUGGUACAUUUGAAGUGUCUCCAAUUCCUUGCCAUGAGAUUGUCCCAACACUGGAAAGUAUCAACUUUGGUCUGGGUAAAAGAUGUUACACUUUCUUUAGUAAAUUGGGUAAACCAAUUCGAUCUUCACGUGAUUUAAAGGUUCGUUGGUCCAGAUUCAGUGAUGAAGGUGGUGGAAAUGGAUUGUUGACAACCAAAAAUGGUGACCUGAUGACUCUUGAAAUUGUAUUUGGACGUAAACCAAACAUGGAAGCUUUCACAGAUGAUUUGGAUGCUUCAAUAUCUAUUCACCAGUCCAAUGAGCUACCCUUGAGUAGUCAAAAGAUAUCCAAAUUAAAACCUGGUUACAAUUAUUUGAUCACAUUUGACAAGAUAAUUGAGAAGCGGAUGCCUCCACCGUUCAGGACUGGAUGUGAUCAAUAUAAACAAACUAUGAAUGGCAACAAUGAACAGGUUAACACUGGUAAAUUAGUUGAUGAAAGAAACUUCAUGGGCAUUGUUUCACCUCACUUGAAACCUCCUCAAUCUAAAUACGAUUGUGUUGAUCAAUGUUUACUCACCUUGUACCGGCAAACUUGCAACUGUUUACCAUCUGAUAUCAAUGUUAGACGUGACCUGUUACGAUCGAAUGACACUUUUUGUACCAAUGCAAAAUGUCAAACAUUACAAAUCCAUCGAGCUGAAUUCUGUGCCACUCUACCUCGAUGCAAACCCAACUGCGAAGAUGAACUUUACAAUUUUGAAUUCACAAUUACAUCAACACUCAAAAACAUAGAACCUCAUCAAGACCAAUCAAUUAUAACAACGGCGGAGCUGGUUAUAUUCCAAGGCCAAUGGUUCCAAACGGUCAAUUUCAAUCUUAUGGUCUUCAGGAAGCUGGAACUUAUCAUGGAUCUUUGAGUGAAUCAGUACCUGAUAUCGUCAAUGUGCUUGGUACACUGAGUAAAGCUUUUGUUACCGUUCGGAAGUCAUCAGGGCCUGAUGUUGUCUAUGAACAUCGUCCUCAAUAUAAUUAUUUUGAUUUUGUUUUUCAAUUAAUGACUCUGGCCUGUGUUUGGUUAGGUUUCUCCAUUUUCUCAAUCAUUUGGAAACCAUUCUAUAUAAUUUUCAAAAUCAUUUCAUUUUGUUGCUGUUUAUCUCGAAAAUUACAAAAAACAAAGCCUCUAGUCACUAUAGAUUGAAAAUGAUGAGAAUAAAAUUGGAAAAUAUUGUUACCUGAAUAUUGCAAUGAAAUAAAAUAUGAAUGAUGAUUCAAAAUGAUUC